AUGUCUUCCCCAGCACCAUUAUUACGUCCUCCCAUUCCCGGUAGUCGACAAAAUGGCGGCGCAAGGACACCUAGGUUGGGUUUGGCUAUACCACCUUCUCUAAACAUUAAGCCUGUCAAUGCUCCCGCAACAAAAGGCCUUACACUACAAAUGCCUGGCUCCAUGCCUGCACGACCUUCACUGCCUCGAUUACAAUUAGCCACACCGAUGGGAAGUAAUGCUACGCCAUAUGAACAAUCUGGAAGGAAUCCAACUGCUCCAGGGCAGUCUGCAAGUGGAGGGAGUGAAAGUAGUGCGGCACAUUCGAGAUCAGGGAGCUUUGGACCAAUGGAUGGGAAGGGAAGUGGUCCAACAUCUGCAGGCUCACAAUACUCUGCAUUCUCAUUAGCAUCGCAAUAUGGAUUGAGCAAACCGCAAGGAACACCAGAUCCCUCGUCAGCCGUCGGGUCGUUAUACUCGGAAAGGAGUGAAGGAGGUGUUGGUAUGGAAAGGGAUGGCAGCAUGAAUGGCCUUGAGGCAUUCGAUAAACUGAGUUUAGAAAAAGGACGAACACUAGAUGUUGAAGACUUAGAUGAUGAUGGAUGGCGGAUAGCAAGUAUGGAGAAGAGGAUCGAGGAGCUUGGGAGUUUGGGAGAGGGAGCAGGAGGUGCAGUAACUAGGUGUAUGCUGAAAGGUGGAAAGACUGUCUUUGCUCUGAAGAUCAUUACCACAAAUCCCGAUCCCGAUGUGAAAAAACAGAUCGUCCGUGAAUUAGGUUUCAACAAAGGUUGUGAUAACGAGCACAUCUGUCGCUACUAUGGGGCUUUCGUCGAACCCUCAACGGCUACCAUUUCCAUUGCCAUGGAGUUUUGUGAAGGUGGUUCUCUCGACUCAAUAUAUCGUGAAGUAAAGAAACUUGGUGGCCGUACUGGUGAAAAGGUUCUCGGAAAGAUUGCUGAAGGUGUCCUGAACGGUCUGACCUAUCUCCAUGGAAAGAAGAUUAUUCACCGAGAUAUCAAACCCUCCAAUAUUCUCCUCUGUCGCGAUGGCCAGGUAAAACUAUGUGAUUUCGGUGUCAGUGGUGAGUUCGGUACCAAGGGCGACGCAAACACCUUUAUCGGAACAUCUUACUACAUGGCGCCUGAACGUAUUACUGGUCAAUCGUACACUAUCACUUCCGACGUAUGGUCUACUGGUGUCACCCUUUUGGAGGUAGCUCAACAUCGCUUCCCAUUCCCAGCAGAUGGAUCAGAAAUGCAGCCUCGAGCUGGAUUGAUUGAUCUCCUAACAUACAUUGUUCGACAACCUAUUCCAAAAUUGAAGGAUGAACCGGAUGCUGGUAUCAAAUGGAGUGACAGUUUCAAGUACUUCAUCGAGUGCUGUCUCGAAAAAGAUCCUACUCGUCGCGCCUCUCCUUGGCGAAUGUUGGAGCACCCAUGGAUGGUCGAAAUGCGUGGCAAACGUGUGAAUAUGGCACACUUCUUAGCCACGGUAUGGGGCUGGUAA